CUUUAACCCGCUCAAACCUUUGAUAAUUCCAGCAAAUAUUAUUAUUCCUCGGGCUUCAAUUCGACCUAAGUUUUAUAUUCUCGGGGACGAUUUACCUAAACCAUUUCCUCACCACUCUUGACGCGCUGUUGAACCCUAUCGAGGACACGUUAAAUACUUCUCCCACCUAGGAGCUAUUCGCGACAAGUGGCGCAAAUCACCUAGAGGAAAGACCAAGUGCAAUGGACGGCAGCACAGGCACCGGCGAUGCGCCCCGCGACGAGCCUCAAUCCCCUCCCCCGCCCGGCGACUCCAGCGAGAAGAAAAAGGGAAAGCGAAAGGCAAAGGGCGAGGAAACGCCCAAAGCUCCCGCCGGGGCUAGGCUUACGGAUAACAUGGCCGGGACCUUGUUAGAGAUGAACCCAGCGCUACGGGGAGAAUUGGCGGGAAUGGAUAGAGAGAAAGCUGCGGAGAUGUUGCGAAGGAUGGACAUAUCGGAGCUACUCACUGGGCUCUCCUUGAACCAAAAGAACCAGAAGGAUAUGGCAUCGUAUAAAUUUUGGCAGACGCAACCUGUGAUUCGCUUCGAUGAUAAGGGUGCUGUCGAAGACGGACCGAUUAAGCAGAUCAGUGUGGAGGAUGUACCUAAAACUCCAGACCCCUUGAUCGAGGGGUUCGAGUGGGUUACCUUGGACUUGGACGACGAGAAGGAACUAAAGGAAUUUUACGAGCUGCUCUCAGAUCACUAUGUGGAGGAUGGAAGCGCGAUGUUUCGUUUCAAUUACUCCCCGGAAUUCUUGAACUGGGCUCUGAAAGCACCCGGAUGGAAAAAAGAUUGGCAUGUCGGCGUUAGAGCAUCUAAAUCAGGCAAACUGGUCGCCUCUAUCUGUGGCGUGCCCGCUGAGAUUUCCGUGCGCGGUCAAUUGAUCAAGGUCUCGGAGAUCAACUUCCUAUGCAUACACAAGAAAUUGCGCUCGAAACGAUUAACCCCUGUUCUCAUCAAAGAGAUCACCAGGCGGUGUAACGUCGAUGGCAUAUUCCAAGCUAUCUAUACCGCCGGAAUUAUUCUACCGACUCCAGUGAGCUCAUGUCGGUAUUACCACCGCGCCCUCGACUGGCUAAAACUGUAUGAAGUUGGCUUCUCCGCCCUCCCUGCGGGAUCCACGAAAGCUAGACAGAUUACGAGGAAUCACCUACCAAGCAAGACAGCCACACCGGGGUUGCGACCAAUGCAGAGCAAAGAUGUUGACGCCGUUCAUGACCUGUUGAACCGGUAUAUGAAGCGGUUCGACCUUGCUCAAACGUUCAGCCGGGAGGAGAUUGAGCAUCUAUUCGUCCAUAAAGAAAAGCCCGGAACGGAGCAGACCGUCUUUGCGUACGUCGUUGAAGAGGAUGAAACACACAAAAUCACUGAUUUCGUUUCCUUCUAUUCUCUUGAAUCGACAGUUAUCCACAGCGAAAAACAUAACACUAUCAGGGCGGCAUACAUGUAUUAUUACGCUUCGGAGACUGCUUUCGCGCCGAAGGAGAAAGGCCUGCGGGAACGGUUGACAUUACUUGUCAAUGAUGCUUUAAUUCUCGCAAAGAAGGAGCACUUUGACGUGUUUAAUGCUCUAACCUUGCAUGACAACCCGCUCUUCCUUGAGCAGCUCAAAUUCGGCCCUGGAGACGGCCAGCUCCACUACUACCUAUUCAAUUACCGAACAUCCUCUAUUGCUGGUGGCGUGAAUGAAAGGAACUUCCCUGACGAGAAAAAGAGGGGAGGUGUGGGAAUUGUCCUUGUUUGAUGGCUUCUUUUGCAGAAGGAAUUUGUUUUCCCCUCCCUGAUUACACAAGUUUCCCUCAUGGUUGGACGUGCAGCAUUUGGUCCUUUCUUUCGUGCUCUCUCAUCCUCAAGAGCUGUGGUUGUCGUCAUUAUGUCUGACAUGAUUCCUGUCAAACAUCUUCCACGCAGCUAUUGUAUAGCUAUGAUCAUCAUUAUUGUAUGGAGUAUGCCAUCACAAUAUCCAUGCUUAGCCUGUCA